GGCGGCAGAGCGGGGCAGGCGGUGGCGGCUGCGCGGCGGCGGCCCCUCCGCGCCCUCCUCCUCCCCCCCACUCUCCGCCACCCGGCCCUUAUGGCAGCCGCUCCCCGCCCCGCCGCCGCCCGCACCCCCGCUCCUCCCCGCCGGGCUCCGCCGUUUGCCCCAGCGUCGCACCCGAGCUCGGCAGCCGCUCGCUGAUCCGCUGCCGGUCGGGGCCCCCGGGAUGCCCAGCGGUCCCGCUGCCCGUCCUUGCUGCCGCCCGCCGCGCCGCCCGGGGGGCACACCGGAGAGUUGAGUUAGGAAGUCAUGGUGCCCUGGGAGCCCUCCCCGCCCCGGCAGUGCGGCGGCUGGACGCUCUGCGACUGCUGCUGCUGGCUGCUGGUGCCUGCCGUGCUGCUCGUCCUCGCCCGCCCCGACAAGCUGGCGGCCUUCCCUACCUCCUUAAGCGACUGCCAGACGCCCACCGGCUGGAACUGCUCCGGUUACGAUGACAGAGAAAAUGAUCUCUUUCUCUGCGACACCAAUACCUGUAAAUUCGAUGGGGAGUGUUUAAGAAUUGGAGACAGUGUGACUUGUGUCUGUCAGUUCAAGUGUAACAAUGACUACGUGCCCGUGUGUGGCUCCAAUGGUGACACCUACCAGAACGAAUGCUACUUGAAGCAAGCUGCCUGCAAACAGCAGAGCGAGAUCCUCCUCGUGUCCGAAGGAUCGUGUGCCACCGAUGCUGGGUCAGGAUCUGGGGAUGGAGUCAAUGAAGGCUCAGGUGAAACCAGUCAAAAAGAGACAUCGACCUGUGACAUUUGCCAGUUUGGGGCAGAGUGUGACGAAGACGCAGAGGAUGUUUGGUGCGUGUGCAACAUUGACUGUUCCCAAACCAACUUCAAUCCUCUAUGUGCUUCUGAUGGGAAAUCUUAUGAUAAUGCAUGUCAAAUCAAAGAGGCAUCAUGCCAGAAACAGGAGAAAAUUGAAGUCAUGUCCUUGGGUCGAUGUCAAGAUAAUACCACAACAACUACAAAAUCUGAAGAUGGGCAUUAUGCAAGGACAGAUUAUGCAGAGAAUGCAAAUAAACUGGAAGAAAGUGCAAGAGGGAUCUACAUCCCUUGUCCAGAGCAUUACAAUGGCUUCUGCAUGCAUGGCAAGUGUGAGCACUCCACUAACAUGCUGGAACCAUCUUGCAGAUGUGAUGCUGGCUACACUGGACAACACUGUGAAAAAAAGGACUACAGCGUUCUGUACGUGGUUCCAGGCCCAGUGCGAUUUCAGUAUGUCUUAAUAGCAGCUGUGAUUGGAACCAUCCAGAUUGCCAUCAUCUGUGUCGUAGUCCUCUGCAUUACAAGGAAAUGUCCCAGAAGCAACAGAAUCCACAGACAGAAGCAGAACACAGGGCACUACAGUUCAGACAACACGACGAGAGCAUCGACAAGUUCUAGUGGCAAUUUUGAGUCUACUGAACUCAGUAGUAGGGUUUUGAGUUGGUCCAAGAUCAGCGACAAUUAUGGAUGUGGGAAAGGUGAAGAAUAAUUUAACCUACAUUGAGGAGGGAUAAAAUAUUUCAGAUCCGGAGUCAACUACAUGUCAUCAGCCUUCUUCUCCCGUGCCAUCUCUCUUUAUCCCCCCCCCUCCACAUCCCCCCCCCAUAGCUUAGGAAGUCUUUGCUUUCUAAAUUAAAAUCCUCACCGAAGGGGAAAUGGAAAUUCUCGGUAAGUGCAGCGAGAGUGUCAAGGGGAUAACAUUUCAGUCUGGGAGGGAGUCAGGUGGCUGUCAAGGUGAACCCUACAAGAACACUUAGCAGAGUCUCCAACUCUGGUCAUUGGAGUGAGGGAAAAUUGCUUCUUACUGCUGAUUGAAAAUUAUUAGGUUAAAAAAAAAGUUAAUAACAUAAUAACAGCCAAAAUGCCAGCACCAUUUGUACCUCAUGAACAUGCUGAUAGAUUUUUUUUUCCAAGAGAAGGUGAAAAACCACUCAGAAUAUCCCAGACGAAUAACUUUGUGGGUGACCCAGCCCCAUUAAAUGUAAUGAACGCCAAUGUUGGCUAUACCUGAGGAAAAUAAGGGCAUGUGUUUUGUCACAUCCACUUGAUGGACAAGAGGCAAAGUUAUUUUCAUGGUAGCUGAACCUCUCCAAAUAUAAUAGAAGCUUCUUUCAAGAAGUUAAUGCUGCUCUAGGCAGUGCUCUGAAUUUUGAGGAUGACAAACUGAGACUGAAGGGCAGAGGGUGGUAGCUUCGCUUCUGCAUAACCUCCACUCCACUGACUACCAGACUUAUAUUCACCCUAAGUAACAUCACUGAACUAACACUCACACACACACACACAACUCUUGGACCGGUGCUCAUGGCGCUGCUCCUUGACAAAGAGACAGUGCCAGGCAGAAAGUACCUGUGACAAGUACCCAUGACCAGGUUUAGGAGCAUUUCUCACUCAAGGUCAGGCUUGAUGGGGGAAUCUCAGCAACCUGCUCUGGUUGCAGAUGUCCCUGCUUACUGCAGGGAGGGUUUGGACUGGAUGACCUUUAAAGGUCCAUUCCAACCCAAACCAGUCUGAGAUUCUAUGAUCACUGCAUGAAGCAAUUGCAUUUGGGUCAGGAUUAGAACUGGGGUUAGCUGGGAUGACGUCUCCUGAGUGCGUUUCCAUUUCCUGCUUCAGAACUGGUCACUUACAACAAUCACCACCACCCUUACUGGUGAUAGUCCACCCAAUCUGGCCUUCAGACCUGGGGGAAGCAACACUUCUACUCUAACAUGGCUUCUGGUCUCCCCACUCCCUGCCCCAGCCUGCUUUAAAGUGAAUCCAUUGCAUGAUGUUCACACGGUCUCAGUUUUUGUCUUGUUCGAGGUUUCUUGGCUUUUUAAAGGUAAUAAAGAGGUGAUGGCAAGAGA